AAUGUUUAUGAUUAACUUGUUCAUCUUUGUUUUUGUGGGGAAUCCAGAAACAAUUUUAGCAAAAAAUGCUGCUGUAGUUCGAAUUGAUAAAAGGAAAAAAUUAUCGAAUAAAUUAUUUGAAACCGAGUUAAGAAUCGAGUAUUAAAUUAGCUACCAGGAAUUAUUCUGAAAGAGCUGACUUUUGCGAUCUUAGUUCUCCCGCGUCGGUCAUACACUUCAAAAUAAAACGCGAAGCGACACUUUUUUUUAUAGCGAACAAUAAACUUGUUACUCCAAUUACGGAAAUUUGCGAUUGUGCAAGAUAUCCGUUGGACUCCAACGCGUACAAUAGCAUUUGCUUGAUAACGUGCAAAAUAUUACGAUAAAACCAAUCAAAUUUGUAUAUUCUAGGAAGGAACUAAAAAUAAGCUACUAACUUAGUUUGUUGAAGUUUACGUUACUCUGAAAGAGUUUGAAAGCAGGGUGCUAUAAUGAAGUCCAUGCUUUUGAUGUUCUUUACGUAUAUUGUAUUGGGGAAUUGCCUAAAAUGUGGAAAUUCUCCGAAAAAAGACAUCGAUUGGAACAGGGUUCGACCGGGAAAAUGGUACGAUGUCGUAGAUAUCCCCCAUACGGACUAUCCUCUUGGUUGCUGGGAGGCAAAAGAAGUUGUUCCUACUGCAGUUGGGGUUUUAUUUCGUUAUUACAACUAUGUGGGAGGUGAGACACCUGUAUUUUUAACAGAACAGAACUUCAUCCGUCAGAAGCGCGGUGUUUAUCGCAUAUCUGGAGAGUCUAAUGAUUUUGCUGCCAACGACUGGACGUUUUUCACUGAUUAUGAAACCUACCUGAUAACAAUCACUUGCCACAACGGAGGUUGGGAAGCAUUUGUCAUGUUCAGUACACCACAAAUAACAGUUGCUCAAUUACAAAAUGUUUCAAAAGUUCUUGUUGAUCAUGGAUGGAUUUCACCAGUUAUGUCAUUGAAAAAUGAAUGUCUGAAUAAGGGUCAACAGGAUUUUGAUGCAUCUGCUACAGUUUUAAAAUAAAAAUAAAAUAAAUCUCUAAGAUUCCUGA